AUGUCCCUCAACGCUGCAUCCCUCUUCUCCGUCCAGGGCCUCGUCACCGUCAUCACCGGUGGUGGAACAGGUCUUGGUCGCACGAUGGCUCUUGCCUUCGAUGCCAACGGUGCCGCCAAAGUCUUCAUACUCGGUCGUCGCGAGCAACCUCUGCAGGAAACCGCUGCGCAAGCCACCAACAAAACUAUCAUCCCCGUUGUCGCUGAUAUCAGCUCCCACGCAUCCCUCGAAACUGCCUACCAGACCAUCGCAUCGCAGACCACUCAUAUCGACCUCCUCGUCGGCAACAGUGCCGUCCCCGGAUCUGCUGUCCCUCGCUUCAACCCGGACGGCUCGCAACCCACCCUCACUGAGUUCCGCGACCGCCACUUCGCCAAGUCCAUGUCCGAGUUCACCGACGUCUUUGACGUCAACGUUACCGGCAAUUACUACACCAUCCUCGCUCUGCUCCCUCUCCUCGACAAGGCAAACCAUCGCCGUGCGUUGUCGUCCUCUCCCGACGUGCUCGCACCUCCCCGUCCCCAAGUCAUCCUGAUCUCCUCCAUCGGCGGUAUUCUACACCACCCGGCGAGCGUCGCAUACGGGCUCUCCAAGGCGGCGGUGUUGCAAAUGGUCAAAGUCAUGUCGGCCUUGCUGGCGCCUUAUCUUAUUCGCGUGAAUGGCAUUGCCCCGGGUCUGUUCUGGACGGAGCUGUCGCGUCCGCUAUUCCGCACGUUUGGCAUCGAUGGACGUGGCCUAGCGGAUGGGUCGGUCCCCGCGUCAAAUAUUCCCAUUACUCGUGCUGGGGCGCCUCAGGAUCUGGCGGGUCUGGUGCUGUGGAUGGCGAGUGCAUCGGGCGGGUUUCUGAACGGAGAUAGCAUUGUGUACGAUGGGGGCAGGAGUAAGGUGUCGCUGUAG